CGAAUACACGUCGGACGAGAUUUUCAAUUUUAAAUGUUCGCCUUGUCUGGCAAAUAACCGUAAUAGGGAAGCUUUGAAAUAUUGCGUGGAAUGUCAGGGAUAUUAUUGUCAGUCUUGUGCUGACGUGAUUCAUAUGAUACCUGGUUUAAAAAGUCACACACUUUUGGAUAAUUCAAAAUAUAAGUCUCGAGGCCUUCCAGCAGGGUUACCAGCAGUGCCGACAGAGAGAUGUAGCACACACGAGACAAAGAUCUUGGACAUGUACUGUGGUAAUCAUGAUGAGGUUGGUUGUACAACUUGUAUGGCUUUAAACCACAGGUCUUGUGCUGAUGUGCAAUCAAUUCCAGAUAUUGUUGAGAGUAAGUUUCAAACGACAGAUGUUGACAAAAUACACCAAAAGUUGCAAGACUUAAAAAUGAUGAUGGAAGAAAUUAUAAAAAUUAGACAAAGACUGAUAGAAAACUUAAAGAAGUCUAAGACUAGAGCAGUAAUGGCGAUAAAGGACUUUCGAAAAGAAAUGGAAACCAUUCUUGACAAACUAGAAAAAGAAUCCAUUAAAGAAUUGGAGAUGAAUUUCAUAGAAAAAGAGUCUAAACUGUUGGAAGAAAAGACGAAAGCAGUAAAUGAGUUAGAUGGUCUGAAACAAGCAGUGAACGACUUGAAGAAAUCAGAAGGAAACAAAGCGCAACAAUUUGUCUCCUUGAAAAUGUCCUUGAAAAUUAUUGCAGAAAUGGAAGCCGUAUCUCGUUCAUUGCAAACAACUGUUGACGCAGAUAUAUCCUUUAGCUUUGAUCCUGCUAUACUGGAAUUUCUACAGCAGUUGAAAACGUUCAGACCAGUCCGACAUGAUUCUGCUACUGAUUUCAGAUCGCAAAGGACAACCGCCUAUUCCGUUAAAAGAAUCGAGAAUUUAAACAUCAGAAUCCAGAAUGACAACCAAACAUCUCAUGUGUAUGGGUCCUGUCUAACAGAAGAUGGGUCACUACUGAUAGCUGAUAAUAACAAUAGUAAGAUUAAACGUGCAGAUAUUGUAAAAAUGUCAGUGACAGAUUAUUGUUGUGUUCCUGCUACACCUAAUGGCGUUUGUUGUACAAGUAAAAUCGGAGCUGCAGUCUGUCUGUCUAAUAAAACAAUUCAGUUUGUCUCCCUUGGUAAGACCAUGACAAUAAUCCGCCAAAUCAAAAUGACCCAUUAUUGCUUUGGCAUUGCUCAUAAGGAUGAUAAACUAUACAUAACUGACAACAAUGGCCAUGCUUUAUAUAUACACGAUAUGACAGGCGCCGUGCUGCUGACAAUUACUCAAGACAACGCCGGGAAAAGUCUGUUCACAUACCCCCGAACUGUUGCAUUCAGUGACGUUGAUGAUAAAGUGUUUGUUGCUAGUUGGGAUAAAGGUCUAGUUUUUAUUGAUGGACAGGGAAAGCACUGUCAGACAGUCACUGAUUCAGAGUUAAACAUAGUGUCUGGAGUGUGUACAGAUCGUAGAGGAAAUUUGUUUGUAACCGGGCACAGGUCAAAUAAUGUGAUGCAGAUAGGGAGAGAUUGGAAGAAAAAGGGCGUGGUCGCGGAUUCAUCAGAUGGACUGAAGCGUCCGUUGUCACUUUGUUUUGACACGAGACAAUGUAAACUAUUUAUUUCUCAAGGAAGUAGUGAUGUUGUAAAAAUAAUUCAUUUGCAAUGAAAUAGAAUUACAGUUGGGCGUUUUCUGUGGUUUGGUUUUUUUGCAUGCUACAUGUAUUCGUUUCUAUGGGUUUGAUGGAUUAAUGCUUUAGAAUUCUAAUUUAAGGAUUAAAAUGCUUCAGAAUACUAAUUUAAUUGACAUAUUAGGCUUUGCUAAUACUACAAGAUUUAUUCGUCGAAUGAGAAGGAUAAAUCAAUGGAAAAUAUGUGUAGAAAACUAACCUGACAUUUAUUUCGUUAAUAUUUGUUAUAACGCGAUGCUAGACUCAAUUUCUCGGUAUUUAAGAAUGCAUUAUACCUGUACCACCGACAAAAGCAUUUUAUACUGCAUCAAUGUGUCUGCUUACCAAAAGGGAGGAUACUAUUAGAGGAAUAAAUACACGAAAUAAUUAUUUUACAUUACUCAAUAAAUUGAAAGAAAUAAAAAGUAGUUAUUUCACGGACAAAAUGUGUGCAAAAAAUGACAAUGUAAAUUAUGAUCAUCAAUAUGUAAAUAUCUGAUCUUGUCGGGGUUAAAAGUCAGUACGUCAUUGUUUAUAACUUGACCUGAAAUACAUAAAACACUUCUUUAUCUGCAGCGUUUGAAAGUAUAAAUAGGUCGGUUAUAUUACUAGAAAUACAUAACCUUAAACUAAUUCCAACAUGAUUUUUCUAUUGAUUUCCACAGCUGUCCCUGUGUUUCAUAGAAACUUGUUUUUUGUUUGUUCGUUGUGCGUAAAAUAUAUGAUAUCUCUUGGAAUUUGUUGAACCUCUAUUUUUAUUUUUCUCUGACUAAAAGACAUUGGAGUCAAAGAUUGAGGGUGGGUCAAAACAUACAUCGGUCACGCUUACAAUCAAAGUUUAGGGUAGGGGUUCCAGUCCUUCAAACCCCUCUGCUCCAAUGCUUUCGUUUACCAGGAACACAG